UCUGUUCGUAGUUUUGCUUUUCAAAGCUAACUGAAUGUCAUGUUGGUGCUGAGAGAACUGAAAAUGGUUCAGGAUGGUCCAGUUAGCUUAAGGAAAGGAUGCUCUGCUGAAGUUCUGAUGCCAUAGGAGGAUAAAGCCUAUUCCUGAGCAAGGAAUAGAGAGUACAGCAUGUCCUGCCUCUCCAGCAGCACCGGAUCGGGAAGAAACAGAGGCUGGGGACAAAUCCUGCCAGCCUGGCAGAGGUUACUGUGAAAUAUCAGUGGCACUGUGGCAGAUUAAACAGCCCAAGAUAUAAACGAUUGAGGACGACACUUCCUGCUGUCCAGAGAUGGAAAACAACAUAACUACCAUAUCUCGUGAAGAGCUGGAAGAACUAAGAGAAGCAUUUGGCAAGAUAGACAUUGACAACAGUGGCUAUGUCAGUGAUUAUGAACUUCAGGACCUGUUUAAAGAAGCAAGCCUGCCCUUGCCUGGUUACAAAGUCCGGGAGAUUGUAGAAAAAAUCAUUCUGGUGACAGAUAGCAACAAGGAUGGGAGAAUCAACUUCGAGGAAUUUGUCUCUAUAAUUCAGGAAUUGAAAAGUAAAGAUGUCAGCAAAUCUUUCCGAAAAUCAAUAAACAAGAAGCAAGGCAUUACAGCGAUUGGAGGAACAUCAGCAAUCUCUAGUGAGGGCACACAGCACUCUUAUUCAGAGGAAGAAAAAGUUGCCUUUGUUAAUUGGAUAAAUAAAGCUCUACAAGAUGACCCAGACUGUAAGCACCUCCUCCCCAUGAACCCAUCAGAUGCCAGUCUGUUUAAAUCCCUCGCAGAUGGCAUCCUUCUUUGCAAAAUGAUCAACUUUUCACAACCAGAUACAAUUGAUGAAAGGGCUAUUAAUAAGAAAAAACUCACUCCUUUCACUAUUUCUGAAAACCUAAACCUGGCUCUGAACUCAGCAUCUGCCAUUGGCUGUACGGUUGUCAACAUUGGAUCCCAGGAUCUGCAGGAAGGAAAGCCACACUUGGUGUUAGGACUCCUGUGGCAGAUCAUUAAAGUCGGCCUUUUUGCUGAUAUUGAGCUCUCCAGAAAUGAAGCCCUUAUUGCCUUGCUAAAUGAAGGGGAGGAACUGGACCAGCUGAUGAAGCUUUCCCCAGAGGACCUCCUGCUGCGCUGGGUGAAUUACCACCUGGCCAACGCAGGCUGGCAGAGAAUCAGCAACUUCAGCCAGGACAUCAAGGAUUCAAGAGCAUACUACCAUCUGUUAAAUCAGAUCGCACCCAAAGGAGAUGACAUCGACCAACUGCCCAUUCAAAUUGACUUCUCAGGAUUUCAGGAUAAAAAUGACCUGAGGAGGGCUGAACACAUGCUCCAACAGGCAGAUAAACUGGGCUGCAGGCAGUUUGUAACUCCAGCUGAUGUGGUUGCAGGCAACCCUAAACUCAAUUUAGCUUUUGUUGCAAAUCUCUUUAACACCUACCCAGCCCUACACAAGCCUGACAAUUCAUCUUACGAUCUCAAUUUAUUAGAAGAUUUGACCCCUCCUAAUGUAGGAGAAAGUAAGGAAGAAAGGACUUUCAGAAACUGGAUGAAUUCCCUGGGUGUAAGCCCGUAUGUUAAUCAUUUGUACAGCGACCUUUCUGAUGCUUUAAUCAUCUUCCAACUGUAUGACCUGACUCGUGUGCCGGUUGACUGGAACCACGUGAACAAACCCCCCUACUCGCUGCUGGGUGGGAACAUGAAGAAGAUUGAGAAUUGCAAUUAUGCAGUGGAACUUGGGAAGGCAAAAGCCAAAUUCUCCCUGGUUGGUAUUGCUGGACACGAUCUAAAUGAGGGAAAUCCAACUCUGACUUUGGCUUUGGUCUGGCAGCUGAUGAGAAGGUACACUUUGAAUGUGCUCUCAGACCUUGGAGAGGGGGAAAAAGUAACUGAUGAAAUUAUUAUUAAGUGGGUGAAUCAGACACUUGCAAAAGCAGAUAAGAAGGCUUCAAUUACAAGUUUCAAGGACAAAUCAAUUAGCACUAGUUUACCUGUCCUAGAUUUAAUAGAUGCCAUUGCCCCAAAAGCAGUUCGUCCAGAAAUGGUCAAGAGGGAAGACCUUUCUUACCAAGACAAAUUGAAUAAUGCCAAGUACGCCAUUUCGGUCGCUCGAAAAAUCGGUGCUCGUAUUUAUGCUCUCCCGGAUGACCUGGUGGAAGUGAAGCCAAAAAUGGUGAUGACGGUGUUUGCAUGUUUGAUGGGAAGGGGACUGAACAGAAUAAAAUAACGCAGACGUGUAAUAUAAACUUUCUGCCACGUUACACACGAUGAAUGCCUCGCAGUUUACAGAGUUCUGAAGCUUAGUAUGAGAUGAGAAAAACUGUAUGCACAAAUAUACUCAUCAAUUACCUUUUAAUAAUGUGUUUAUAUUAGUUAAUUUUAUUCCAUUUCAUAACACCUGGAUUAUUUAUGGCUAAUACUGUUUUCAGAACCCAUUCAUUACCAACUUAACAUCAUAGAUUUGUACUGCUUGGAGAAAACCCUACCACAUUAAUCAAGCUUCAUUUGUAUUAGUUUUCAUAGCGUUGCAAGAAUCUGCAUCAUUUUACACGUGUUAUUUCAGGACCAAUCGCGAAACACUGUUUGAUUUUUGUGGGUGUUACUUACACAUAGUC